CUCUCCAUCAGCCUCAAAACACCGCCAUGUCGCAAGUGUACGUCAACGAGGCCAGCGGCACGGACACCGCCGGCGCCGGCUCGCAGCAGCAGCCGUUCCAAACACCUGCAUACGCUCUUUUCGCCAGUCCCGAGGCCCAGGUGCUCGUAUACAAACAGAAGGAGGACUCCGCCGACUUUGAGUACGUGGAGAUCUCGGCGUCCGCGCUCAAAAAAGCCAAGAAGGGCGCCGACGGCUUGCGCAAGAAGCAGGAGAAACAGGCCAAGCAGGAGGCCGAGAUGCAGGCGCGCCAGGCGGACGCCGCCCGCCGGAUGGCCGAGUUGGACUUGAUCCAGAUCGUCGAGGACGCGUCCUUGCCGUCCGCGGCCCAAAUCAAGUUGCGCGCCACCGCAGACCACGUGGGCCGGCGCGUGGUCGUGCGCGGCUGGGUGCACCGGUUGCGGGUGCAGAAGGACGUGGCGUUCGUCACGUUGAGAGACGGCUCGGGCUUUCUCCAGGCGGUCUUGACCGGCGACUUGGCGCGCGCCCGCGUGACGCAGGAGUUGACGUUGGAGUCCACGGUGGCCAUCAAGGGCGUGGUGGAGAAGUUGCCUGCGGGCAAGACCGCGCCCGGCGGCGUGGAGUUGCGUGCGGACUUCUACGAGGUGAUCGGCUUGGCGCCACUGGGCGACGACGCCUUCACCAACAAGGUGCAGGAGAACGCCGACCCGGCGCUCUUGUUGGACCAGCGGCACUUGACCAUGCGCGGCGAGACGUUGCUGGCCGUGUUCAAGGUGCGCGCGGUGUUGUUGGCGGCCAUGCGCCGUUUCUUCAGCGACGAGGGCCUCACGGAGGUCACGCCGCCAUGCAUGGUGCAGACCCAGGUCGAGGGCGGCCUGACGUUGUUCAAGUUGGACUACUACGGCGAGCAGGCCUACUUGACGCAGUCGUCGCAGCUCUACUUGGAGACGUGCUUGCCCGCGUUGGGCGACGUGUUCUGCGUCCAGGAGUCCUUCCGCGCAGAGAAGUCGCACACGCGCAGGCACUUGUCCGAGUACACGCACGUGGAGAGCGAGUUGGCCUUUUUGACCUUCGACGAGAUGUUGGACCACUUGGAGCGCCUCUUCACGUCCGUCGUCAAGUACGUGCUCGAGGACCCUGUUGCUGGGCCCUUGGUCAAGCAGUUGAACCCGUCCUUUGAGCCUCCCCGCACCCCGUUCAAGAGAAUGGCCUACGUCGACGCCUUGGACUGGUUGAACGCCAACGGCAUCCCCAACGAGGACGGCGAGCCCUUCAAGUUCGGCGACGACAUCGCCGAGGCCGCCGAGCGCAAGAUGACCGACACCUUGAACGUGCCCAUAUUGUUGACCCGCUUCCCUGUCGAGAUCAAGUCCUUCUACAUGAAGAAGUGUGCCGACGACCCCCGCGUCACCGAGUCCGUCGACGUGUUGAUGCCCAACGUGGGCGAGGUCACCGGUGGCUCCAUGAGAAUCGACGACUACGACGAGUUGGUGGCCGCGCUCAAGAGAGAGAACUUGAGCUUGGACGACUAUUACUGGUUCACCGACUUGCGCAAAUACGGUACCUGCCCACAUGGUGGCUACGGCUUGGGCACGGAGAGAAUCUUGGCCUGGUUGUGUGACCGCUUCACUGUUAGAGACUGCUCUUUGUAUCCUAGGUUCUCCGGCAGAUGCAAGCCAUAAUUAUGUGCCGCCUGUUUAUAGACCAUCCGAUUAAUGACUUUCCCGCCGCUUUCAAGUACGAGCUCAUGGCUUGCGUAAGCGUUUUGAAUGCUGGUGGUUUGACAGCGUAUGUGCCAUUUGCUUUCCAGCACUAGAUCCGGCCCCCUUAAACAGUCUUGUCACGCGUAUUGUAUCCUUUUAUUUAACCACAAAAUUUCGACUUUGCGAUUUGAAGAUGGUGUACUGCCUCAAUGAUAUUCUAAGGUUAUUUUCUAUAUUCCUGAAUUAUUCACUACCGAGUCAGUUACCUAAUGCUAGAUGUGAUUAAAUACCGGC